AUGGCACAAAAAGAGAGUGCGGCAGCUGGGAAUAUGGAGCAAAGCGUUGUGGAACAACUGAGCCUGCAAAUGGAAACACAGCGAGAGGAUGUCAGCAUGCUGAAUGUGCGCUCAGCAGGAGCAGAGGAGUCCGCUUCACAUCCACAGGGGAAAAGGAAGAGCAUCCGUUUGCCUGAUGAGUGCCGAAACGUUUUCAUCACUUACUCUUCAGACGUGUCCUCAGAAAUGGUCCCCUUUGUGGAUUUCCUCACAAAGCAAGGCUUUCGACCGGCUAUUGACUUAUAUGACAGCUCCAUUAGAUGUAUGGACGUCAACAAGUGGACAGACAGUUACCUUAAAGAUCCGUUAACCCUGAUUAUUAUCGCCAUCAGUCCAAAGUACAAGGAGGAUAUUGAAGGACCUGUAGUGGACAGCCAUGGUCUACACACCAAAUAUAUCCACUCAAUGAUGCAGAAUGAGUUCAUCCAGCAGGGGAGCUUGAAUUUUAGAUUCAUCCCGGUUCUCUUCCUUUGUGCAUCCCAGAAACAUGUCCCGAGCUGGCUCCAGAAUACUCGCGUGUACCGCUGGCCACAGGACACUGAGGAUUUGUUACUGCGACUGCUGAGGGAGGAGAGAUACGUGGCUCCUCCUGUACCUGUGGAGCUCAGCCUGUUCAUCAGGCCUGUUACCAUGAGCGACGCAGCUACACUGUAA